CAGCCUCGCAGCGAUGACGAGCGCGCGGCGCGCAGGUGGCGCCUCGGCCGUCAAUAUGCGGCGCUUCCAAGAGCUCAAGCCGACAUGCGUCGAGCUGCUCGGCCUCGCGACGCCGCGCGGCAUCGCGUCGGCGGCGCUGCCCCGGCUGCUGCGCCAGCUGCACGCCAUACUCGAGCGGCACACGAGCGCGGCGGCCGCGCACGAGCCGCUCUCGCCGAGUCUGGUGCACUACGCUUUCUUUCCGCUCGCGCAGCUGCUGCGCGCCUCGCCGCGCGGCGCCGCCGACCUCUCCGACGGCGUGCGCGAGGGCGUCUUCCUCUGUCUCGGCUGCCUCGUGCAGGCCUGGUGGCGCUCGUGGUGCUCCGACGAGCACGCCACGCCCGAGACGCCGCCGCUGGCGCAGCGCUGGCAGGUGUGGGAGCAGCUGCUCAUGCUCGGCGCCGUGGCGCUGGGCGGCGCGCCCGAGGUGCAGAGCGCCCAGUCCUCCUCGUCGCAGGCGCGCACCAGCGACGAGACGCGCUUGGCUGUCGCGCGCUUCCUGCAGGCGCUGCUCGCUCCACGCGCUGCGGCUCCUGCUGCGUCGGACAUGCCGCAGAAGAAGAAGCAGGCGCCGCAGGCCGUCGAGUGGGAGUGGGACGGCGUGUCGGCGCUGCCCUCGCUCGACGACUACGAGGCAGACACUGCCAGAGCGAGCGCAGCAGCGGCUGCAGCGCGCGAAGAGGCAGAGCAUCGGCCAUCCGGGCAGUGCUAUCCACUCCCUGCGCACGUCCGCUUCGCGCGCGACAGCGGAGCUGCCCGAGGUGCGCUGGCGCACUCUCUCACCGCCGCGCUCGACGCUGCCUCGGAAUCUUCGCACUCUCGCAGCACGCCCACCGAGCUGGGUCUGGCUGCUCUAGACGUGGCGCGCGCCGCGCUGCUCACCUGGCUCACCGGAGAGGAGCUCUCGGAAGUGCCGACGGCACUCAGUGCGCGGGAGGCGGCAGAGAGAGCGAAGCGCGCCGCCGUCUUUAUGCCCGGCAGCGUCAGUGCGCUCGUGCGGAUAGCCUCAGGCAAAGCCAAAGCUGUCGACGGCGAGACAGGCAAGGCGAAGUCGUCGCAAGUCUCUGGCCCUUUGGCCGCGGCUGCCACAUGCUUGCUCGGCGACCUGCUCAGAAUCUGCUUGGACGAUCGCGCAAAUGCUGCUGUGCAAGCAGCCAAGUCGAAGGCGAAAGCAGAGCCGGCGACUCAAGACCUGAGCCUCGAGCGCCUCAUGGCUCAGACUCAGCUCUCGGAGGCAGACGUCGUUGAAAGCUCGAGGCCAGAGGCAACGCAAGGCGACGCGGCCGCCGACACGCCUGCUAAAGUCGUACAGCUUGCAAGCACGCUCGCACGAGUCCACAGUGCACUGCUGCUGCUCUCGCCGCUUGUCUACCACCAGCACGCAGCAGCCCAGACGGCGCUCGUCACGCUCGCCUCUGGGCUGAUAGAGCACGGGAUAGGCACCAUCUCGUGGCACGACCAGCGCGUCGGCGAGGCGGCCCUCGUGUCCGAAGAGGGCGCUGAGGCAGAGCAGCCUGGCAUGCUGCAGUUGCUCGUGCGCUGGCUGCUCGACAUCGCUGGCUCCCCCGCUUCGCCAGCCGCCGUCACAGAUGCCGCCGUCGCCUCUGUGAUGGCUCUGCUGGCCGAAGACAAGUCGUGUAGUGCUGCGAUGCUCGCUGCGCUCAAGGCGGAGCUGGGGUGGUCCAUGCAAGUGCUUCCUCGCGCUGUCGUUGCCCACCGCGAUGAGCGCGCAGCGGCAGUCGCCUGUCGGCUCAGCGUGCUCUUGCGCAUCCUCAGCUCGUCGACAGUCACGCAGUCCGUGCUGCUGGAGCUCGUCGGCCCGCAAAGCGGCGCACAGCGCUGGGCGGGCAGACUGCUCGAGUGUCUCGAGCUCAGCGACGAGUACAGCGGAAACACUGCGACAGAGGGCCGACGCGCGGCAAGACUGCGGCUCAAGCAUCUCGAUGCGCUCUCGUCCAACGCCGUGCUGGACAUGCUGCUCGAGCUAGGGCAGGCAUCGGCGCGCCUGGCACUCUCUGCGGCCCAGACGGAUCUGCUGCCGAGCCGCUCUGACGCACUCUUCCUCGUCCGCCACUUUACGCAUGAGGCAGCACGGCUGCGCACGGCUCGAGCGCCUCUCUCAUCCGAGGCCAGUCUCAGCCGGAGGCGCUCUGCAUCUGCCCUUCUGGUCGCCGACGAGCUGCUUCGAGGCGCUGCACUCGUGCUCGACGACGAGCGCAUCAAGCUGCUCGCCGGCAAGGAGGGUCGCAGGAGCCGCCGUGCGGCGCAUCAGCUCGCGAGAGAAGUCGUCGCUGCCGUCGUCGAGACGUGGGACGCCGAUCAGGAGGAGCUGCUGCAAGCCACAGAGAGCAAGCGUGCGUCGGCCGGCGAGCAGAGCAAGGAGCUGCUCGAGGCGCAGAGUACGGCCGAGAUCGAGCAGUCUCGCGGCCUGCCGCUCGAAGACACAUCCGCGGCGAUUCCCAUGGGCUUCGGGCCGGCGCUCGACCUCGGCUUCGUUGCCUCUGCGACUCUGAACAGCUCUGGCAGCGCCACACAGGUCAGCGCCGAGGUGGCACAGGCACGAGCCACCGAACAGGCCAGCUCGCAGCUGCGCUUCGGCGAUGCGCUGCUGCUGUCGCUGCUCGGCUCGUGCGCCGAGCUGCUGGGCACAGCCUAUCGGCCCUUCAUGCUGCACACGCUCUAUCCGCUCAUCUGCGGCCUCGCUUCGCAGCAUGCUGUUGUCCGCGAGGCCGCAAGCGAGGCGCUGCGCCGCAUCGCGCAUGCGACAGCGUAUGCAAGCAUCGAAGGCUGCGUCCUUGACCAUGCAGACUAUGUGCUCGGCGCGGCCAGCCAUCGCUUGGUCGCUGGCCUGGCGCCAGAGCUGGAGCAGCUUGCGAGCAUCGCUGCUGCUCGACAGGAGGCUGCAGCAGCCGAAGCACCCAACGCGCUCAUCGAGUCUGCUCAUCACGGCGCGAGCAAAGCCCUGGCAAUCAGCGCCUCGCAGCUGGCGCCGCUCGUCAGUGCACAGACGGCGCCGCUGGUGCUGAUCGAAGUCAUCCGCAUGCUCGGCAGCGACGCCCUGCCGCUGGUGGAGGAUGCCGUCGACGAGGUGCUCGACGCGCUCGACCGCUUCCAUGGCUACGACGACCUCGCAGACCGCCUCAUCGGCGUGCUCGAUCGCCUCAUCGACGUCAUGGCGGAUGACGAGCGCGCUCGCUCCUCAGGCCGAGCGGCCCGGGCUCUGCACGCCGGCGCCGCAGCGAUGGGCGUGCCCGAUGCCCAGGCCGAGUUUGUCGCUCUGCAAGAGUGGCUGCGCCUGCGCCGCGAGCCGGCGCCCGCCGAGCCAGCUUUCGAUCCCCGAGCAAGUCCCGAGAAGCCGGCGCCAAAGCCGCAGCGCAUGGGGCCUGACGACGAUCCUGAUGCGGCCACACGCACGCAGAUCGUCGUCUCGAGCAUCCUAAGCAAGUGCGUGCCCUUCCUGAGCCACCACUCUGCUUCGCUGCGCGCACGCGUGCUGCGGCUCCUCAGCCGCGGCGUGGCAAUCCUGGCACCGCAAGGCCGCGAGGCCGAGCUGCUGCCCGUCAUCAACAGUGCCUGGCCCAUCGUCCUAGCGCGUCUUGGCUCCAACAGCAGCGGGCCCGGGCCGCAAUUGCGCCGCGGAGCGAGCGUCGACGAGAUGCGAGCGAAUCUCACGGAGCGCGAGGCGUUCGUGUGGAUCGAGGCGGCGGCGCUCGUCGAGAUGCUGGCGCUGCACGUGCCCGACUUCAUCGGCCGCAAGCUCACCGGCGAGGCGUGGCCGCGCCUGGCCAGGCUGCUGCGCAUCGCAGACCUGCAGGAGCGUCUGCAGCUCACAAGCGCCAGCGGACCUGCGCACUCGCAGCCGGCCAUCUCCUUUAUCCUCAGCGAUGCGCCAUCGCACGCUGCCCCUGCCACGCGCCGCAAGGCCGAGGCUGCGGCGUAUCGCAGCUUCGACGUGCACGGCCCCACGGGGCGCAUGUGUCUGUCGACGUGUGCGGCCGUCGCCUCCAUCGUGCGCCAUCUCGGCGCAAGCAUCGAGGAGGGCGUGGCGUGGGACAUGGCCACGCAGCCGCAGCUGCUUGCCUGUCUCGAUGCGCGGCAGCCGGCGCAGCUGCGCGCCGCGGCGCACGAUCUCUACCGCGCACUAGCGCAGCGCAACCAGGACGCCGUCUGGGCCGUGCUCGAGGGUGCCAUGGCGCCCGAAGGCAGCGAGGACGCGCCAGGAGGCUUUGCGGCGUUCCUGCGCCAGCCGCACCUCGACAUUGCGGCGUCGCGUGCAGCCGUGCUUGCGCCCUCGCAUCGGGUGCCUUGAGGUCUGGAGGACAAGACAGAACAUAAUUGUACAACAGUCUGAACC